AUGUCUUUGAAAGGAUCCAACGUGCUCAUUACUGGAGCUUCCAUGGGUAUUGGUGAAUCGAUUGCCAAUUCUGUUGCUGCACAGGGAGCAAACUUGAUACUUUUUUCGAGAUCAGAGGACAAGCUACAAGCAAUCGCAGGAAAGAUCCAGAAAGACCAUCCCUCGUCCAAGGUGAUCUACCAAGCAGUCGAUAUCCAAAGCUACGAAGCCGUGGAAGCAGCAGUCAAAGCGAGCGCAGAAAAGCUAGGCAACAUUGAUAUCCUCAUCAACAAUGCCGGUCUUGCCCUUGGAGCACCCGCAACAUUCCAAGAUCUCAAAAUCUCCGAUAUCCUCUCCAUGAACAACACGAAUAUCAACGGACUCAUGUUUGUCACCUAUGCCGUCCUCAACGUAUCCAUGAUGCCCCGAAAGGCAGGGACCAUCCUUAACGUCACAUCCGUUACUGGUCUUGAAGUUCCCCCCUUCCCAGGCGAAGCUGUCUACCACUCGAACAAGGCUGCCCAGGAAGGCUUCACGAAUGCCCUCCGCAAUGAACUGAGCGGAACAAACAUUCGAGUCCUCGCUUUGCGGCCUGGUUGUGUGGCGACUAAUUUCCACUCGCUACGUGUUGGCCAUGAUAAGGAGAUGUAUAAUAGCUUCUUCGAGGGAUAUCAACCCCUUAUCUCAGAGGAUGUCGCGCAGGCUGCUAUCUAUAUGAUUACACAGCCGUUGAAUAUAUCGAUCAAGGCUCUUGAUGUUGUUCCAUCUGCUCAACGAUCUCUUAAUAUGAUUGACCGAACCUGGAAUGAGAGACAAGCUUAA